ACCCGGGCCGCCGGCACCGCCCGCCCCGGCCCCGGCGGGAGGCCCAGCCCGGCCCGGCCCGGCUCCCUUCUUCUUCUCCCUCUUCUUCUCCCUCUUCUUCUUCUUCUUCUCCUCCUCCUCCUCCUCGCUUCGCCGCGCCGCCGGCCCGCCGCGCCCGGGCGCCCGCCGGUCCUCCGGGCGUGUUUCCCAUGCUGCACCGCGGCGCGGCGGCGCUCUGGCCGGGCUGUCGCUGUCACCGCCAGGAGGAGGCUGAGGGAAGGCGCCGCUCGCCCCGCCGGAGCAGGAAGAAGCCGCCGCCGCCAACUUCCCUCGGCCUCCCCUCCCCCGCCGCCACCGCCUCCCCUCCCCCGCGCCCCGCCGCCGCCCCGCCAUGCCCGGGGCCGCGGCACGGGCACUCUGAGCCGCCGCCGCCGCGCCCCGGCCCGGCCCGCCUUCUCUUCGCAGCUCUGCGGCCGGUUAUUGCAUUUAAGAAUGAACAUUGAAGACAAGCUGGGAGGAUUAUUUCUUAAAUGUGGUGGCAUAGACCAGAUGCAGUCAUCCAGGUCUAUGGUAGGGAUGGGUGCGGUAUCUGACCAGUCUGGAGUAUCGGGAGAACGGCAAGAGGCAGUGCUUCAAGAUCGGACUAUGGCGCACCAAGAAAUUCUUGCAACAGACGAAGUGUUACAGGAAAGUGAACUUCGACAGCAAGAGAUGAUUUCACAUGAUGAACUCAUGGUCCAUGAGGAGACGGUAAAAAAUGAUGAUGACAUGGAUACGCAAGAUAGACUUCCUCAAGGGCUGCAGUAUGCUGUUAAUGUCCCUAUCAGUGUAAAGCAAGAAAUUACCUUUACUGAUGCAUCUGAACAACAGAAACGAGACAAAAAACAAAUACGAGAGCCAGUAGAUUUGCAGAAAAAGAAGAAAAGAAAACAGCGUUCACCAGCAAAAAUCCUUACAAUAAAUGAGGAUGGAUCACUUGGUCUGAAAACCCACAAAUCUCAUGUUUGUGAGCAUUGCAAUGCUGCCUUUAGAACCAACUACCAUUUACAGAGACAUGUCUUCAUUCAUACAGGUGAAAAACCAUUUCAGUGCAGUCAGUGCGACAUGCGUUUCAUACAGAAGUACCUGCUACAGAGGCAUGAGAAGAUUCAUACUGGUGAGAAGCCAUUUCGUUGUGAUGAAUGUGGUAUGAGGUUUAUUCAGAAAUAUCACAUGGAAAGGCACAAAAGAACUCACAGUGGAGAGAAGCCUUACCAGUGUGAAUAUUGUUUGCAGUAUUUCUCCAGGACUGAUCGUGUGCUGAAACAUAAACGUAUGUGCCAUGAGAACCGCGACAAGAAACCGAACAGAAGUGCCACCAAAGUUGGCUUUUUGCCAUCGGAGGAAGAUUCUGGUUUCUCUACGCCUAUGAAAGACAACUCCUUGCCAAAGAAGAAAAGGCAGAAAACAGAGAAAAUAAAAUCUGUGGAUAAGGAAAGUACAGAUAAAUCAGAACAGAAGAAGGACAAAAAUGACUAUUUGCCUUUGUACUCUUCUAGUACUAAAGUAAAAGAUGAAUAUAUGGUAGCGGAAUACGCUGUGGAGAUGCCACAUUCUUCGGUCAGUGGGACACACUUAGAGGAAGCAAAUUCUGGAGAAAUACACCCACCUAAGCUUGUUCUCAAAAAAGUUAACAGCAAGAGGAGUCUGAAACAGCCACUUGAGCAAAGUCAAACCAUUUCACCUUUAUCCACAUUUGAAGACAACAAGGUUUCAAAGUAUGCCUUUGAUCUUGUGGAUAAGCAAAGUUUACUGGACUCUGAAGGUAAUGCUGACAUUGAUCAAGUUGACACAUUACAGGAAGGGCCCAGUAAACCUGUACACAGCAGCACUAAUUAUGAUGAUGCAAUGCAGUUUUUAAAGAAAAAGAGGUAUCUACAAGCAGCUAGUAAUAACAGUAGAGAAUAUGCCUUGAAUGUAAGUACCAUAGCAUCUCAACCUUCAGUAACACAGGCAGCUGUGGCCAGCGUCAUUGAUGAAACUGCUACAGCCUCAAUAUUAGACACACAGACACUGAAUGUUGAAAUUAAAGGUAACCAUGACAAAAAUGUCAUUCCAGAUGAGGUACUGCAAACUCUGUUAGAUCAUUAUUCACACAAGGCUAAUGGACAACAUGAGAUAUCCUUCAGUGUGGCUGACACUGAGGUGACCUCCAGUAUAUCAAUCAAUUCUUCUGAAGUAUCUGAGGUCACCCAAUCUGAGACAGUUGGAACAAGCUCUCAAGCUUCCUCAUCAGAUAAAGCUAGUAUGUUACAGGAAUAUUCAAAGUUUUUACAACAAGCUUUGGACAGAACUAGCCAAAAUGAUGCCUAUUUGAACAACCCGAGCCUUAAUUUUGUGACUGAUAACCAGACUCUUACAACCCAACCAGCAUUUCCUUCCAUGGAGAAGGUCUACACGUCUAUACCCGUCAAUAGCUUUCGAUCGGGAAUGAACUCUCCAUUAAGAACAACUCCAGACAAGACUCAUUUUGGACUAAUGGUUGGUGAUUCGCAGCACCCUUUUCCCUUUUCAGGUGAUGAGGCAAAUCAUUCUUCUUCCUCCUCUACACAGGACUUCUUGGAUCAAGUAACUUCUCAGAAGAAAGCAGAGGCACAGCCUGUUCAUCAAGCAUAUCAAAUUAGCUCCUUUGAGCAGCCCUUUAGAGCUCAGUACCAUGGGGCAAGAGCUGGAAUAUCAUCUCAGUUUAGCACUGCCAAUGGACAGGUGAACCUUCGGGGACCAGGGACAAGUGCUGAUUUCCCAGAAUUUCCCUUGGUGAAUGUAAAUGAUAGCAGAGCUGGGAUGACUUCUUCACCUGAUGCCACAACGGGCCAGACUUUUGGCUAAGAAAUCUUUGUAAAUAAUACUGGCACUUUAGAACACAUUUGUCAAAAGGGGGUUGCUCUGUGUAAGAUGGAGUUCUGUACAGCUUUUAAGAGCGCUAUGUUAAAACAAAAGUAAGCUGAUAUUAGCAAGACCAAUAACUGCUUCUUUCUUUUUUUUUUCUUUUUUUUUUUUUCCGGUUAGUCACCAGUCAUUGAACUGCCUGAUUUUGGUGCCCCUAUCAAAGGCAGUUUAUUAUUCACUUGUUUGAAUCCAGAAAAUAUUUUCCCUUCUAUGAAAUUUAAAAUAAACAAAA